GAUUGUCAAUCUGGUUCAGUUUGUUUUCUGGAGUUUGUCAUUCUCCUCAUCUUCUAAAGACACCAACACACCUGACAUCUCUGUAAUAAGAGCAACAGCUGUCAAAGAAAACAGUACAAGGUCAGACCUUCCCUUAGAGAAAAUUCAGUUCUGCAAAAAAGCUUGAAGGAUUAGUAUUUCUACAAGGUACAUUUACAUUCCCAAGUCGUCAUCAUGGUGAACGGUACUCUGAAUGAACUGCCCCAGAUAAAACACUCCGGCUUCGGUCAGCCAAUGCCGAGACAUGGCCUGAACCUGUUGUAUUGGUUUGCUCAUGACUAUAUCGACUUCAGAAAUGGGGAAAUUGUCUCCAAAUAUACUCCUCGCGAUAAACGCUUUGGCUUUCACAAGUUCGAAAAUGAUGAUGAUGAUCCCAUUGUGCCCCGUCAGAAUCUCCCAUACUAUGAGGUGGGCAACCUGAACUCUCCAGGAGCAGACGAACUCCCAGAUUAUGUCAGGGCAAAAUACAACCAGAACAUUCUUGACAGUAACAAGGAUCGCAUUAUUGUGUGUCAAGACACCAAUGGCAACUUCAGCGGUGUGUAUGUGACUGAACACUUGAAACAUGACUUGAAACUAUUCGACAGCAGCAGAACCUACUGCGUGAGCCUGCAUCUCCUCGAGACCAUCAAGAACAUGAGUCAAGAGCAGUUUCUCAAACAGACAUCCAACACUCAAGAAGAGCGUGCCAGUCAACCCCGCCCCUCCAACACUAAAGAGGAGGAUGACAAAAGCAGAGUGCAGAUACGUGAAGCGACUGCGCCUAAAGACAAUUCCUGCUCAUGUACCAUUCUUUAAAUACAAAGAUCUACUAACUCAUUAAUAUUCUCUCGUUCUGUCCAUGGAUGUUAUGAUGAUGAUGAUGAUUAUUAUUAUAAUAAUACUAUGUUUUAUAUAAAGUCUCUGUUACUGAUGGGGGAGUUUGAAAAAAAUUCAUGAAGAUUUGAAACUUUCAUGAAUGUUUUGUUUUUUUAUCAUGCAGCAGACAUAU